AUGGCUACUUACGCAACUUGUCACGAAGUUGGCCCGCUCUGUCCUGUGGAAUUGACAACAUAUGGCUACUAUCCCAACUUUGGCGGCAACGUCUUUUUCACAGUCUUCUUUGGUAUCCUUGGGAUAGCUCAGACCGGUCUCGGUGUUUACUAUCGGACAUGGACGUUCCUGACUGCGCUAUUGAUUGGCACGUUUAUGGAAAUGGCGGGGUAUAUCGGACGAGUUCUCAUGAAUGAUAAUCCCUGGUCUGGGCCUGCGUUCAAACUCCAAAUCGUGUGCCUGGUGCUGGCACCUACCUUCGUCGCUGCCGGCGUUUAUCUGACCUUGAAGCACAUCAUCCUGUCCCUUGGACCCGAACAUUCCGCCCUCAAGCCACGUCUUUUCACCUGGAUCUUCAUUGGCUGUGAUAUCGGAUCACUCAUCUUGCAGGCUGCCGGAGGAGGUGUGGCUGCGGCCGCUGGAAAUGACGACAUGGACAUGCUCCAGGCGGGAGACAAUAUCAUCAUCGCUGGUAUCGCGUUCCAGGUCGCCACGAUGGCUGUGUGUGGAGUCUUUGCCGUCAUCUUCUUUGUGCGAUUGUUCAAGCGCGGCGAUGGAUUCGCAGGCGAGAAGAGUCUCGACACGGGCCUUUCGACCAUCGUCCCCAAGUGGAUGCCAUUUGUUGUUGGUGCCGAGGUCUUUGCCUACUUCACCGUUUUGAUUCGGUGUAUCUAUCGGUUGCCCGAGAUGGCUGGAGGUUGGGGAAACCCUUUGAUGCAGAAGGAGAACGAGUUCCUCGUUCUGGAUGGAAUGAUGAUCGCUCUGGCUUGCUUGGCCAUGACUCUCUUCCACCCCGGCAUCUUCCUCCCAUCGCUGCGCUAUCCGGCCAAGGCUCGCGCAUGA